AUGUCUACGUCAUCAGCGCACCAGCAGGCACGGGUCCGGCCCCGUGUGGUGGUGGAUGGGCCAAACGUGGGGCGGUUUCUGAAGCAGAAGGGUUCGUCCGCGUCCAGCAGUCGGAUGCCGGUCAUUGAAACCGAGCUGAUCGCGAACGCGUACAAUGCCGUCCAGGAACGGUUUCCCGAGGCCGUCGUGGAGAUUCUGGUGUACCAGCCGGACCUGGCCCGUUGGGACCGCGAGAACGACCCCCACAUUGCCCGGAUCCGGCAGCAAGUCACGGAAGUGCCCUCGCGGUCCGACGUGGACGACCUGGUGCUGCAGCGGGCGCUCAAGUGCUGGCGCCAGGGCCAAAAGGUCCGCAUCCUGUCAAACGAUAACUACGACGUCUACCGCGAGGACAGCAAGAGCAGCGGCAAAGCGGACCAGCCAAAGGCGAUCGCCGGCGUCACGCGGGAGUGGCUGCAGGCGGUGCUGUGGAAGUUUUCCUUCAGUACGGUUGACCGCGACUGCCUGCUCACGCCCGUGGACGACCUGGCGUGUCGCAGCUCAGAGUCGGAAUCCAUGAUGGAUCACGGACACGAGGUUGUCGCUGGUGGAGGCAGCAGUACUAGAGCUGAUGUUUUCAUCACGGGCGGCGCUGCCUCCACAUCCACUGCGAUAUCUUCAAACCAGCAGCUUUUCGUCCCCCACGAUCACGGUGGCGGCGCGACCAGUUCAACCUCCACGUUGUUCCAGCCGAACUACAACUUUCACCACGCAAAUCGAACCAGCAGUGCAUCAGCAGAUGACGACGUGGCCAUGGGGAUGGAGGUCGACGAGGAGGAGGGGGUUGAAGUGGACCAUUGCAGAAGUAGAACUGGUGCAGCUACUGCAGCUGUCACUGGUGCAGGUUAUCCUGGGCAGCAGACACAAGAAUACACGCAGCUAGGAGAAAAUCAGGCUGCGCCCGAUUGGACGCAAACGUGGAAUCAAACCCACCAUCCGGACUCGAUGCAUAGUGUGGCGGGGGGCGUCGAGGACGAGGGAGUCGAGAUCGAGCUCCCCAACGGAUUUGCGGAAUUGCGAGAAAAGCGGCGGGCCAUGGGAGUGUUCGAAGAGAUCCCGAGCAACGGCACGUGCUUCAACCUUGGGCAGACGGAGUUGACGCAGUCACUCUUCCAGCCACACACGCCCCGCCCCGGAUCCUCCACUGCUGGUAAGGGGUGGGCAGGGUCGCCGCCGCUUGCCGCACGCCGACCAUCGGGUCAGGAGAUAAGUGUGCACCAGCAUUUAAUAACACCCGGCGUCCCACCAGUCAAAAACGGUGGUGCAGUCGCUCCUCCACCAAACAAGCAACCCGCGUCCUCUUCCUCGUCGUCUUCCUCGGCCCGCAAGACAACAACAGCUGACACCAUUCCAUUUCCCCGGACAAAGCCGGCAACCAGCAGGAGACCUUCCAGCAGCGGCGUGUCAACCGCGCAUCCCUCCGCAGCUGUGCCAAAGGUGAGCCGCAACCAGGGGCCUCCCCCGGUCUCCGCACCGGUCGCGAAACGACGACCUUCGCUCACGAACAUCGCAGGGCGGCCGUCGGCCAUCGCUGCUUCCCGUAGUUCUGCCUCCAGCGGCGCACAGACCAGAGGCCCCGCGGCCGCAUCGGCCGUAAGCAAGUCGGUAAUUAAGCCCGACUCCACGAAAAAGGAUCACCGUGCAAAAGCGGCGGGGAAGAAGAAGAUCAUCGGAGGCGAGUUUACCAUUGACGAGGGUGAUGAUCCACCCGAUCGAGUAUCUUCUUCUUCCAAAGCUGCAGCGAAAAGAGCUGCAGCAAGUGCCGCAGUUGAAAAGUGGAGUCUAGAAAAUUGGAAGCAGGCAAAGGCACAAGCGAAAAAAAGAUGAUCUGAUCAAGCAAUGAUCUGCUUCUCUCUGCGAAAAUUAAGCAGCUUAAUGACAAAAGCCGAAAACAAAGCGACCUCAUUUUAAGCUUCUUUCCUUGCAUUCGUCGAAGCACAACUCUUGGCACAUUUUGUACCACCAGCGCAUUCUCGCAAACGACAAGU